AUGUCAGUGUCCGGCAAGAAAGAGUUUGAUGUGAAACAGAUCCUCAGGCUGCGCUGGAGAUGGUUUAGUCAUCCUUCUCAGGGAUCGCCUAACCCUGGAAGCUGCCUUCAGCAGGAAGGAUAUGAGCAUAGAGGGACACCGGUUCAGAGCAGGUUGAAGAAACACUCACGGGACAGAAACGGACUGAAGAAAAGCAAUAGUCCUGUCCACCGCAGCAUACUGACGCCAGUGCCAGUACCAGCCCCUACCCAUCAAAGAGUCCUUCAAAACUGGCACCAACAAAAUGUGAUAGUACAUCUUCAAGCAAAUGAAGACAUUCCCAAAGGCGUUCCAGAAGGAAAUUUGCUCAAAGAAGCUAGUGAAAAGCGCUUACAAGAUUUGGAGAUGAUGGGUGAUGACAAUAUAGAAGAUUCUAGAGCACGACUACACAUUGAGGAACCUGAAGAAAUGAAUAUUAGUUCUGAGGAUCACUUCCGUUCUCGAAACCAUGCAGAUUAUACUCUCUGUAAAAUGGAAAACUAUCUGAAAGAGAAAAAAUUGUGUGAUGUGCUACUUAUUGCAGGACCUCUCAAAAUCCCAGCUCAUCGAUUGGUUCUUAGUGCUGUGUCUGAUUAUUUUGCUGCAAUGUUUACUAAUGACGUGCUUGAAGCAAAACAAGAAGAGGUCAGGAUGGAAGGAGUAGAUCCAAACGCACUUAAUUCUUUGGUUCAGUAUGCUUAUACAGGUGUGCUGCAACUGAGAGAAGACACCAUUGAAAAUUUGCUGGCUGCGGCAUGUCUCUUACAGCUGACUCAGGUCAUUGAUGUCUGCUGUAAUUUCCUCAUAAAGCAGCUUCACCCUUCAAACUGCCUAGGUAUUCGCUCAUUUGGAGAUGCCCAAGGCUGUGUGGAGCUCCAGAAUGUGGCACAUAAGUACACAAUGGAACACUUCAUUGAUGUUGUGAAGAACCAAGAAUUCCUUCUGCUUCCAGCUAAUGAAAUUUCAAAACUUCUGUGUAGUGAUGACAUUAAUGUGCCUGAUGAAGAAACAAUUUUCCAUGCUCUUAUGCAGUGGGUAGGUCAUGAUGCUCAAACUAGGCAGCGAGACCUGGGGAAGCUGCUUUCUUAUAUCAGACUGCCAUUGCUUUCUCCACAGUUACUCGCAGAUCUGGAAAACAGUUCAAUGUUUACUGAUGAUCUGGAGUGUCAGAAGCUACUAAUGGAAGCUAUGAAGUAUCAUCUUCUGCCUGAGCGAAGAUCCAUGUUGCAAAGCCCUCGUACAAAGCCUAGAAAAUCGACUGUGGGGGCUCUUUAUGCAGUGGGAGGUAUGGAUGCUGCUAAAGGUACCACUACAAUUGAGAAGUAUGACCUCAGAACAAACAGUUGGAUCCAUAUUGGCAAUAUGAGCGGCCGUAGGCUUCAGUUUGGAGUUGCAGUUGUUGAUAAUAAACUUUAUGUUGUGGGAGGAAGAGAUGGCCUAAAAACUUUGAAUACUGUGGAAUGUUUUAAUCCAGUUACCAAAACCUGGGUUGUGAUGCCUCCUAUGUCAACACACAGGCAUGGAUUAGGCGUAGCCACACUUGAAGGACCAAUGUAUGCUGUUGGAGGUCAUGAUGGAUGGAGUUAUCUAAAUACUGUAGAAAGAUGGGAUCCUGAUGGACGUCAGUGGAAUUACGUGGCCAGCAUGUCAACUCCCAGAAGUACAGUUGGAGUUGUUGCAUUAAACAACAAGCUAUAUGCUAUUGGUGGGCGUGAUGGAAGUUCCUGCCUCAAGUCAAUGGAGUACUUUGAUCCUCACACUAACAAGUGGAGUCUGUGUGCUCCCAUGUCCAAAAGACGUGGAGGUGUAGGGGUAGCAACACACAACGGAUACUUGUAUGUUGUAGGAGGUCAUGACGCCCCUGCUCCUAACCAUUGCUCCAGGCUUUCUGACUGUGUGGAAAGAUAUGAUCCAAAAAGUGACUCGUGGUCAAAUAUAGCACCUUUGAGUGUUCCUCGAGAUGCUGUUGCAGUAUGCCCCCUUGGAGACAAACUCUAUGUGGUUGGUGGAUAUGAUGGUCAUACUUAUUUGAAUACUGUUGAAUCAUAUGAUGUUCAGAAAGAUGAAUGGAAAGAGGAAGUUCCUGUGAACAUUGGAAGAGCUGGGGCAUGUGUUGUAGUUGUGAAGUUACACUGAAAUUGCCAUUAGCUAAUGGAAUUAAUUCAAGAAUGGAAAAAAAAGCUCUUUUGUGAAGUUGAUAAGCAAACUAAAUUUUGUUGCAUCAUUCUCAUGUGUAGUUGAAACUAUUAAUAUUUGUACGGCUGAAAACAAGACUUAAAUGUCAAUAACAUGUUACUGUUAAGUGUAUGUACUGUCUCAGUUAAUGGUCUAAUGAGAAACCUAAUGGGCUAUGUUUAGCUUUAUUACCAUAAAAUUUUAAAAAAACUAAUGAAUAUUUUUGUUGUGGGCAAUAUUUGAAGGUAAUGAAUGCAUUAACAAUUUUCAUGUAAGGAUCUGAGAAGUAAAACCAUUUUUUUUCCCUAAAGGUACUCUACUGUCUAGAAUAACUUAAUUCAAAAAUAUAAAACGACAGAAAUUUUAAAGCAUAAAGUCUCGAUUUCAAACAAUAGCUCACAGAGCUAAUAAUACCUCACAUUGCCAAGAAAAAAAAAAAAAAGGAUUUUGUGUCAAAGAUGAAACAGAUCAAUCAUUGAUGUAAUUUGCUAUACUAAUCACACUAUAUCAAACUUUCCACAAACCUAUAAUUUUCAGUUAACUAUCUGCCAAAAUACACGUAUAGAUUUUCUAUCUCAUGAUGUGGUUUGUUAGUAUAUUCAUUUGCAGUAAAAUUCACAAUCUAUAUUCUGAAACAGUGAAUAUCAUAUUGAUAAAUACUAUGACCUGAACAUUAGGAUGUGUGGGUCUCAUGUGUAUAGAAAUUAAUUUACUCUUCAAACAUUUAAUGUGUUCUCUGGAAAUACCGUCUAUUAAGUUAAACAUGAUUUAAACAAUUCUAAAGAAGAUUAUAAUUGAGAAAAUGAUAUACAAAAUUAGUACUUAGAAACAUCAAAAUGUUUAACAUGCACAGCCAAGUUUAUAAUUUCCCAUUACCUAUCAAUACUCACUAUUUUAAAUUUCAUAAUCAUGUUUACCCAGUA